GCAGCGAGCACGCCGCUGGCCCACCACCUGUACUCACCCGGCCUCGUGUAGUCCGUCUCCCCGCCUCACCCUCGCCUCCGGCCGCCGCUCCUCUCAGGUGGGCCCUCCUACCACCCUUCAGCGACGCCAUCUCGCAUCCAGCUUGCGCUGCGCUGCGCCGGGGUUGACGGGGGCGGCGUGUGUGAGGCUCGCCCAGACUGCGCCGGUGAAUCAGAUCGGACGCGCUGGUGUUGACGGCGCCGUCGCGGAUGCCGCAGCGGCAAAGUCAGACGCAGGAUGCGACGGGCCUCCACGCGGGGGUCGAUAAUCAGUUUGUGAUGCUGCGCAACAGUACUCGGGAGAAAAUAUUCGACUAUAUGGGAAGGAAGCCAUCCUCGGCUAUUUAUCAGGGGCGGCUGCCGGAGCUUGCGAGACGGCUCGAGGAAAUCUUGUUUAGAGAAUUCCCAAACAAGAAUGAGUACUACAAUAUGAUGAAGGGGGCGAUUGAGACCCACUUGCGGUUUGCCAUGAAAGUCUUGAGUGUUCAGACCCAGCAACAACAACAGAAUCGAUAAUUGUCAAGGCAGAUAACACGCAUCCUCGCUAUGGGACACUGAUUGUGACACCUGGUAUCACGCAUGGCACAAGUACAAAUUCUGGAAUGUCUCAUGUGACUGGCAAAUCGUUGGCCCUCUGUCGUUUGGUGCAGACAUGGUUCCUCUGAACGCCAACAUGGGUACCUUGCUGCCGGGUGCAGAUAGUUUUACUGAACUUGUGCUCAUUUCCUUCAGCCUGUGCACCUUAACUUGAAAUUCUUCUGUACCAUGCUGUAGAACUUCUAGCUUUGAAAUCCAAUAGCCAGCAACAUAUUAGACAAAAUUGAACAUAUGUGUUAACACCUAAAAACCACAUUUUUGGAAGUCUAGCUUGUUUGGGAAAGACCAUCCACUAAGUAUCUUCCUUCGGACUCUUAGCCUCCUUUUUUUUCAAUAUCAAACAGAAAUGGGAUUUCACACUGUUCAAUCUCAUUGUUUGCACAUAUUUAUUUAUGGCAUCUUUUGACCUACAUAUACUAUUCGGUCUUCGAGCUUUAUGCUCUAGUGUACAUCACCUUUUUUUUCCUAGUUUCCCUUUUUGGACUAUGUUUCCAUUUAAUAACUUGGUUUGUGUUGCUUUCUUUCCAAGCUUCCGAUGAGCAUGUGAACACACUGAUGUCUAUGAAGAUGAACCAUACACACCAUGAUCGCCCCAGAGCAUGCAACAACAACCUCGUGAUAGACACAGUGGACACACCUGCAACCAACGGACUCUUGCUCAUGGUGAUGCAGAAACCCUGUGUACCUGUGAAGGAGGCCCGAAAGGAACCAAAGUUCAGCUGCCCAGUCUGCAUGAAUGAGCUGGUCGAUGCGUCAUCAACCAUCUGUGGCCACAUCUUCUGCCAGAACUGCAUUGAGGCCUCCAUCCAGGCUCAGAGCAAGUGCCCGACCUGUCGUAGGACCCUAACCAGGAACGGUUUCCACCGCGUCUAACUCCCGGCGAUGGACUAACCUGGUCCAGCCAUUCUGGGCAGAGCAGAGCCUUGGCACCUGUGCUCCUCUCUCUUCUUGCAACUGUUUAUUUUCUCCACAUUGAUGACGAUCGUAACUCCUCAAGUGCCUCCUGCAACUGCUCCUCCCUCCACACUGCCCCACCCAUGAACAGCAUCCUAUCCCCCUAUAUAAGGGCAUCCAGUGACACGAUGAAGGGGACUUCCAAGAUCUAUCGAAGACCUAGUCUAGCCACUUAGCCAAACUGAUCUAGGCAUCUCGCCGAGAUCAACCAUCUAGAACUCGACGAGUUGCUCUUCAACUCGUCGAGACCCCCAUUGUAAUCAUUCUUUGUACUCUAUCUUCAGAUCAUCCCAUAUAAGCAAGAGUAGGGCCAUUCCUAGGGGCUCGAACCUGGGUAAAACGUGUGUCCCAUGUUUAUCUGACGACUUGUGGUUACUUUCCACUCUCAUACAUAUCUACCUGUGACUCUCCCUUUUUGGACUUCAAGAGAGUUUUCUUGCGUUUCAAAUUUUGGAAAGUUGGAAUGGUUGUGCCUGAAAGGUUUGAUCUACAUAUUUUAUUGGCAAUUUUUGUUUAAUACUAUUUUGAAAAUUUAGCAUUGUGUGGUAGUGGGUAGUUGGCGAGUUAGUGUCGUUAGUAGAAGUUAGUUUAAACAGCUGGAAGUCCAUCCAAAACUUUUUGCAAUCUGUGGUGUAUAACCAAAGCCACACGGCGCGCCAGGCUCCGCCCCCGGUCAAAACUAGUUUUAACACGUGGCAUAGCGCGUAGGGUGAUUCGGAAGGAUUUCUUUUGCAGCAAACUUUGUACCAUUAUUCUUGCCCAGAAGCAACUCUGUGACGAAGAGUGGUUAUAUAGAGCGGGAAGCACGCCGCUGGCCGACCACCAGUAUUGACUCUCCAGGCUCAGGUAGUCCGCCAUUGGUCUGGGACUGUGUAAGGCUCGGCUGGCUGGCUGCGAAGAUUGGGCCCAUGAAUCAGGUCGGUGGUGCUGGCGACGGGAUGCCGCCGCGGCAAAAUCAGAUGCGGGAUGUGGUGGACCGCUCAGCAGGGGUCGAUCCCAAGUUCAUGGUGCUGCGCAUCAAUACUCGACAGAAGAUAUUCGAGUACAUAGAAAGGAAGCAACCAUCGGCUAUCUGGCGGCGGCGGCUGCCGGACCUUGCGAGCCGGCUUGAGGAAAUCUUGUUUAGAGAAUACCCAAACAAGAGGGAGUACUACAAUAUGACAAAGGGGCCGAUUGAGCCCCACUUGCAGUUUGCCAUGAAGCUCUCGAGUGUUCGGAAUCGGCAACGACAACAGAACCGACAAUUGUCAAGGCAGAUAACAUGUUCCCCUUGCUAUGGGAUAAUGAUUGUGACACCUGGUAUCACGCAAGGCGCAAGUGAGAAUUCUAGAAUGUCUUUCGUGGCAGGCAACACUGGCCCUUUGUCGUCGGGUGCAAACAUGGUUCCGCAGAACACCAACAUGGGUACCUUGCUGCCAGGGGAAGCUCCCAAUGAGCAUGUGAACACACUGCUAUCUCUGGGGAUGAACUCUACACACCAUGACUGCUCGGGAGCGUGCAACAACCACCGUGAAAUAGACAUGGUGGAAGCACCUGAAACCAACAGACUCUUGGCACCCCAUGCAUCCGUGAAGGAGGUCGCAAAGAAACCAAAGUUCAGCUGCCCAGUCUGCUGGAACGAGCUGACCGAUGCGUCAUCGACCAUCUGCGGCCACAUCUUCUGCCAGAAGUGCAUUGAGGCAUCCAUCCAGGCUCAGAAGAAGUGCCCUACCUGCCGUAGGACGCUGACCAUGAAGGAUUUCCACCGUGUCCACCUCCCGACGAUGGACUGAACUGAUCCAGCCAUUACGGGCGCAGCAGAGCCUCAGGCACCCGUGUUCUUCUCCUCGCCUGCAUUGCGGUCAUUCUAUCUACACAGGGUUGCCUCUACCAUUCAGUUUCCUGCCCCAACUGUGUGACUGGCAACAGUUUCGAGGUGUCGUUACCAAUCAGUCUGUAUCCCUAGCGCUAAAUAAAACCGUACUCUCUUUGUUCGGGUUUAUAAUAAGGUCUGUUGCUUUUGUCUUAAGUCAAACCAACUUGAGUUGUAUAUGUUGUUGCUUUUCUCAUAAUUUGUUGCCUUAUAAACCUGAAUGGAGGUACCAGUGUUUUGUGUGGAAGGUUGUGCUUGCUAUCGUGUGAUUCAUGUGCAAAGAAAUAUAUAAUAUUUCGUUUUA